GUUACUCAUUUCAUAGCAACUGUCAAGCGGCAUGGCGGGCAGCAACGACAUGUCAUCUGGAACCUCGGCAAGGUCAAAGGACGUCUGACACGUACAGAACUCACAACCUACCGGAAACAUUCGAUAAACCGGUCGUAUCCGGGAACCCCGUUUUCACAAAUGUGAAGAGAGAGAAAAGAGGAGGCUAGUGGACGGGUAAGAGGAUGAGUGACUUUCUUAGAGUACGGCCGUGUUGUUUGCAUUGUGUAGAUUGUUUCCAAGGCUAUAACACCAAACAAGAGCAUCCUCUAGAACAAGUGCGUCUACAUACGGAAAUAAUCUGGCGUUGUCGUGUUAUAUGGGAAUUGGGCACGACGGCACGAGAGGGUCUGGUGCGAGGCUGCUGUUGUGAAGAUGUGAUAAAGGAUAUUUUGGUAAAGGAUUCGUCUGGCUUUGUUACUGAGCUGAAAGUUUAUUGUGAUAAAUUGGAAUCAGUAGCCAAGCCCAGAGCUUUCAUCCAGUGGGUGUCUCAUCCAGUCAGCUGUGAAGUAGACUCUACGAUAGAUUAUUUAAACAUGCGCAUCCUGAAGAUCCAACUGAAGUUCCAGGAGGAUUUCUUAGCAACUGCAACAGGGAUGUGUUACAUGUGAUAUCCAAUAUGCUGUUGUGGAU